GCGCGCUGCUGCUCUGCCCCACGGUCGCGGGGGCUGCUCGUGCCGAGUACCAUGUGUGACGGCGCCCUGCUGCCCCCUCUCGUCCUGCCCUUACUGCUGCUGCUGCUGGCCUGGGGACCGGUCGCAGGCACAGCGGUGGGCGACGCCGCGGCCGAUGUGGAGGUAGUGAUCCCCAGGCGGGUGCGUCCGGACGACGUGCACCUGCCGCCCCUGCCCGCAGCCGCCGCGGGACCCCGACGGCGGCGCCCCCGCGCGCCCCCCGCCGCCCCGCGCGCGCGCCCCGGAGAGCGCGCCCUGUUGCUGCACCUGCCGGCCUUCGGGCGUGACCUGUACCUGCAGCUGCGCCGCGACCUGCGCUUCCUGUCUCGGGGCUUCGAGGUGGAGGAGGCGGGCUCAGCCGGGCGCCGGGGACGCGCCGCGGAGCUGUGCUUCUACUCCGGCCGGGUGAUCGGCCACCCGGACUCCCUCGUCUCGCUCAGCGCCUGCGGCGCCGCCGGCGGCCUGGUUGGCCUCAUCCAGCUUGGGCAGGAGCAGGUGUUCAUCCAGCCCUUCAACAACUCCAGGAGUCCGCUCAGCCGACAGGAACAUCUGAUUAGGCGCAAAGGGUCCUUCACCUCCAGCCCAUCUGCUGAGACCAAGGAAUCUGGGCAGCUCUGCAAGGUUGUGACAGAAAAGAAGAAGCCCAGGAAGGGCAAGCCAUUGCAGGACUUGCGGGAGCGAAGGAAUGCCAUCCGGCUCACCACCGAGCACACAGUGGAGACCUUGGUGGUGGCCGAUGCCGACAUGGUGCAGUACCACGGAGCAGAAGCCGCCCAGAGGUUCAUCCUCACCGUCAUGAACAUGGUAUACAACAUGUUUCAACACCAGAGCCUUGGAAUUAAAAUUAACAUUCAAGUUACCAAGCUUGUCCUGCUACGACAGCGCCCUGCCAAGCUGUCCAUUGGGCACCAUGGUGAGCGGUCCCUGGAGAGCUUCUGUCACUGGCAGAAUGAGGAGUAUGGAGGUGCCCGCUACCUUGGCAACAACCAGGUGCCAGGAGGGAAGGAUGACACACCUCCUGUGGAUGCUGCUGUAUUUGUGACCAGGACAGAUUUCUGUGUUCACAAAGAUGAACCAUGUGAUACUGUUGGAAUUGCUUACUUAGGAGGUGUGUGCAGUGCUAAGAGGAAAUGUGUGCUUGCCGAAGACAAUGGUCUCAACUUGGCCUUCACCAUCGCUCAUGAACUGGGCCACAACCUGGGAAUGAAUCAUGAUGAUGACCACUCAUCCUGUGCUGGCCGGUCACACAUCAUGUCAGGAGAAUGGGUGAAAGGCCGGAACCCCAGCGACCUCUCUUGGUCCUCCUGCAGUCGAGAUGACCUGGAAAACUUUCUCAAGUCUAAAGUCAGCACUUGCUUGCUGAUCACGGACCCGAGGAGCCGGCACGCUGUGCGCCUCCCACACAAGCUGCCUGGCAUGCACUACAGCGCCAGCGAGCAGUGCCAGAUCCUGUUCGGCACCAACGCUACCUUCUGCAGGAACAUGGAGCAUCUGAUGUGUGCUGGACUGUGGUGCCUGGUGGAAGGAGAUACAUCCUGCAAGACCAAGCUGGACCCUCCCCUGGAUGGCACUGAGUGUGGGGCAGACAAGUGGUGCCGUGCUGGGGAGUGCGUGAGCAAGACGCCCAUCCCGGAGCAUGUAGAUGGAGACUGGAGCCUAUGGGGCAGCUGGAGCAUGUGCAGCCGGACAUGUGGGACUGGAGCACGCUUCCGCCAAAGGAAAUGUGACAACCCACCCCCUGGGCCUGGAGGCACACACUGCCCUGGUGCCAGUGUAGAGCAUGCGGUCUGUGAGAACCUGCCCUGCCCCAAGGGUCUUCCCAGCUUCCGGGACCAGCAGUGCCAAGCCCAUGACCGACUGAGCAGCAAGAAGAUGGGCCUGUUGACAGCAGUGGUGGUUGAUGAUAAGCCCUGUGAACUCUACUGUUCACCCCUCGGGAAGGAGUCCCCUCUGCUGGUGGCCGACCGGGUCCUGGAUGGCACACCCUGCGGACCAUACGAGACUGAUCUCUGUGUGCACGGCAGGUGCCAGAAAAUCGGUUGUGAUGGUGUCAUCGGGUCAGCAGCCAAAGAGGACCGGUGUGGCGUCUGCAGUGGGGAUGGCAAGACCUGCCGUGUGGUGAAGGGUGACUUCAGCCACUCCCGAGGAACCGGUUACAUUGAAGCAGCAGUCAUUCCUGCCGGAGCUCGGAGGAUCCGUGUGGUGGAAGACAAGCCUGCUCACAGUUUUCUGGCUCUCAAAGACUCCAGUAAGAGAUCCAUCAACAGCGACUGGAAGAUAGAGCUCCCUGGAGAGUUUCAGAUUGCAGGCACAACAGUCCGCUACGUGAGAAGGGGCCUGUGGGAGAAGUUUUCUGCCAGGGGACCAACCACAGGGCCGCUGCAUCUGAUGGUGCUGCUGUUUCAUGACCAGAAUUACGGCAUUCAUUACGAGUACACCAUACCUGUAAACCACACUGCUGAGAAUCAAAGUGAGCCGGCCAGGCAGCAGGACGCUCUGUUCCUGUGGACCCACAGUGGCUGGGAAGGGUGCAGUGUGCAGUGCGGAGGAGGGGAACGCAGAACCAUCGUGUCAUGCACACGGAUCGUUAACAAGACCACCACUCUGGUGAACGACAGUGACUGUCCCCAUACAAGCCGUCCUGAGCCUCAGGUCCGAAGGUGCAACUCUCAUCCUUGCCAGGCACGGUGGGUGGCGGGCCAGUGGAGCCCCUGCUCGGCAACCUGUGAGAAGGGCAUCCAGCAUCGGGAGGUGACCUGCAUGUACCAGUUGCAGAAUGGCACACAUGUCACCACUCGGCCCCUCUACUGCCUGGAGCCCCGGCCAACACCAGUGCAGAGCUGUGAAGGCCAGGACUGCCUGUCCAUCUGGGAGGCAUCAGAGUGGUCAGAGUGUUCUUCCAAUUGUGGCAAAGGGACACAGAAACGGACUGUGACAUGCACCAAUUCACAAGGAAAAUGUGAUGUGUCCACGAGGCCGAAAGCCGAGGAGGGGUGCGAGGACUACUCGGGCUGCUAUGAGUGGAAGACUGGAGAUUGGUCUAAGUGCUCAUCCACCUGUGGGAAGGGGCUUCAGUCACGUGUGGUGCAGUGCAUGCAUAAGGUCACCGGGCGUCACGGCAGCGAGUGUCCCACUCUCUCAAAGCCAGCAGCCUACAGACAGUGCCACCAGGAGGUCUGCAAUGACAAGAUCAAUGUGAACACCAUCACCUCCCCCCGCCUAGCUGCUCUGACCUACAAAUGCACACGUGACCAGUGGACGGUGUAUUGCCGGGUUAUCCGAGAGAAGGAUCUCUGCCAGGACAUGCGGUGGUACCAGCGCUGCUGCCAAACCUGUAGGGACUUCUAUGCAAACAAGAUGAGCCAGCCACCUUCACCACCAAGCUCAUGACACCCGACCCCAUGCUGGGACUCAAGGUAUGAGGCCUGACAUUUAGUGAGUGGAGAACAUCUACCCUUCCCAAAAGCAACCAGGCCUAUAGCUUCCUGAAGCACUCCUCUGUGCCCCCAGCAAGGCUGUCUCAAGAAUCUAUUCACAAGGGGCUUGUGAGUGGACUUGUCAUGGCCAUUAGUGCUUUGUCCAUAAUAUGUUAUAAUCAGUUACUAGAUGGCUUCCUGCCAUAAGGAGAAAACACAAGCAUCACAAGACAAAUAACUCCAAAAGUUCCAUGUACCUCAAAGGGGGACAACUGGAGAGAGAAGGGGGGGAGGGAAAGAAACAAACACAUAUUGUUUGGUGCUUUUGUCCUAGCUUCCUUGUGACAUUUGAAUUCCUAGGACUUGAUGUAUCUUGGUGGGAAUGUCCUGAAAAUGAAACAUCCUGUAUUAGAAGAGGUUAUCCUGAAAGCCAUCAGUGCCACAGCUGGAAGGAGGGGUGUGGACCAGCCUCUGCGAAUGGCUUUUCUGGAGAGGGCUGGGCUGCCAGAGUUGGCACUCUCCUUCAUCUGCCUUCCCAGGAUCAUAAGAAUCAAGACUUCAGCUCUCUGCCCAUCUCUUACAACAUAUUCUCAACAUCCUAGGCCUUGCCUAGUAAGACUUGUUCCCAAGAGUUUAAAUCUGAAGAGAACAACAAAAAUAUUGAUGCCACACAGUUCUGCCCAUCACCCAUGUGGGGAUAACAUUCCACACAGGCUGGGUUUGAAGAGGCAUCUGUUUUUCAGAACUCUCCUAUAAAAACAGGAGGGCUUUUCUUCAAGGUGCUGUGAAACUAGACAUAUGCUCAUGUGGCAAUGGCAUGGCCUCCUGAUAUGAAGGUGCACUCACAAGCUCUUGCUCCACUUCCUGGGGCAUCCACUCUACACAGCACUCCAUAAAGCUUUGCACCUUACACCUACUUCAGCUUGGACAAAUAGUUCUCCAUUGACCUUGUCCUUUCAUCUGAAGUUAAGAUUGAAUUUAGGACAUCUGAGGACAGGGCUCAGUCCUGGGGAUGUACAGGGAAAAGUCUGACUGGCAUCUGAACACAAGGCAGUUCUCCUCCAGUCUGUUGUGCCAGGCCCUAUAGAGGAACACCACCCGGCUGAAAUCACUGUAUGUCCUAACCUAGACCUCAUGGGACCUUAAUCAUUGCAGCUGUCGUCAUUAACCCACCGUGGCAUGGCAAGGAUGAGGCUCAGAAGGAUAAAAGUCCUUCCUUCUUCCAUCCACUCACCCCUCCCCCACCCUCAUCACAGAACUCUUCCAUCUCCAGAAGCCCGGAGAAGUGACCAGUGGCCUCUUUGAGAGCACAGUAGAUGGCAGGCCCCACCAUCUCAGGAGACUGGAUUUGCUUGCCAUCUUGGUGGGUGGUUCAUGACUGCUUGUGUCCUGAAAAUUUUCCAUGAAAAGCCCAUCUUCUCCUCCCUGGUUUCCAGACAGAUGCUCUCACACGGGCCAGUUUCCAUGGAAUCAUUUCCAAGUACUUCUUGACUUAUUGGUGCUGUUUCUGUCUUUGUUUCUUUGGUUGCUCUUUUCUAAACUUUUCACUAGUUCAUGACAGAGAAGUGGUAGGGAUGGCAGGACAUUUGUUUGGUUCCAUUCGAAUCGACAAGGAGCGUUGAGAAACCUCCUUAGGUGCUCUGAGAGAAUGUCAGGAUGAAGUAGAUCACCUGCACAGUAACAAGCUAGCUGUCACCCCAGGCCUGUGCAAAACACUGUGCUCCCAAGCUGAGGCCUGGCCACUAGCAGAUCCCCCAUCCUGCUUCCAACAAAUCCACAGAUUUCAGGGAUCUGAGUGCAGAUCAAUUUUUACCGGCCCAACAUGCACUAUUAGUUCACCAAAAAAAUUUUUGGAACCAAAAAGUAGACCUGGGGCAACUAGCUAUGGCUGCCACUCAGCUUUCCUUGCUGGUCCUCAGGGGUCUACCCAGGCCAAGCAAGCAUGAGCACAUGCACAUGCCCAUGGGUGGACCCUUUCCCUGGUACUGCUGACCCACCCCUGACCAGCCCACAGGACUUCUGCAGGAGCCCCAUGCCCUCAGAAUAGACAUAGUUGAUUGCAUUAGUAUUAAGCAGCUCAGUGUUUCCCCAUGUACCUGAGAGCUUCCUGAGCUCUCUUAGCACAUGCUGGCAUUGUCACUUUGAAAUCCACCAGCCUGCCUCUGGUUAGGGCGUCAGCCAUGAGACCAUGAUAACUUUUGUUCCACUUUGCACAGAGCUGUUGAGGCUCUAUAUGAUCACAACAGUGGUGUUUCUGUGUAAACCCUGCACUGUCAAUCAAGUACUGUACCUUUGUGAUUACACAGAUGUGUUAUUCACUAGCGUCUCACAAUCUUAUGGUGCUAUUCUUAUUGGUGCAAAAAUGAACUUUUCUCAGUUCACUGUGGCUUGAUCUAUCAGAACACAGGAACACAUUGCUGUUUUCCAUUUCAAAGUCAAAUGUAUAUAUUUCCCACUAGUUACCUUACAUUAUGUACUGUACCCAUGGUAUUUUUUGUUUUACUUUUUGGUGCUGGUUAUGAAAGAAAAAAAAAGAACAGAAGACAAACAUCAGAUGCCAUUAUACAUGAAAAAUUAAUCAUUUCAUUGGAAGCAAGUUGAACGUGUGUAAUAAAAUGUUUUUCCAUAACAA